GCGCACCGCGUUGCCUCUCUCUGAAUUCAAUUCAUUCACACCUCAUUUCCUCGUGUUUUUCCCUUUUGUGGAGCGUGGACUCCCCCAUUAUCUUUCCGUUUCUGCCGGCCUCCAGGCGAGAGGCCAACGUUUCGCCUGUAAUUGCUAGUCCUGCAUGGAAUGCCGUGUGCGGCUUUAAAUCUGCCCCGAAUUCAUGUUUUCCAAUCUGCUAGAUGAUUCCGCAAUCCACUUCAGCGAGCUUGGAUUGCUCGUGGCAGCCAUUCUGCCCAUGUAAACGCUUCAAUUCCUUAACCUUAACCAACCAAUCAAUCCCUUUCUCCAAACGGAAGAGGAGGAGAGAACAACUCGGCUUUGCCCACGGGAUUUCAAUUUCCCGUAGAAAAUGGAGAUUUUUCUCGUGUGCCAUCCCCUCCGAAGCUCCCAACCGUAAUUUCAACGUAGAACUAGCCAACUCCACCGGACGGGGCGCUAAGAUAUUCGUCGUCAAGCGCUUUUCCAAUGAAUUGGACGGCGAAGAUUUGUCCCAAGAACAACCGAUCCAAGUGGGGUCCAAUUUCACCAAUUUCCAAGAGGACCCCAUCGUGGAUAAGCUUAGAACGCAACUGGGAGUCAUACACCCAAUCCCGUCUCCGCCCAUUAGUCGGAAUAUAGCGGGACUAUUCGUGUUCUUCUUCUUGGUUGGGGUGGUUUUUGACAAGGUAUGGACUUCUGGGAAGCGAAACAAGGUGGACGGCGGUGGCAGCGGCGGCGGAGGGUGGCCGCAGGUGCCCACGAGCUUUUCCUUGUUUUUGGAGAAGGAUUUGCAGAGGAAGGAGUCGGUGGAGUGGGUGAACAUGGUGCUGGGCAAGUUGUGGAAGGUUUAUAGAGGUGGGAUUGAGAAUUGGAUCAUUGGGUCGCUUCAGCCGGUUAUUGAUAACUUGAAGAAGCCUGAUUACGUAGAGAGGGUUGAGAUUAGGCAGUUCUCGUUGGGGGAUGAGCCGCUCUCGGUCAGGAACGUUGAGCGCCGGACUUCGCGUCGCGUUAAUGAUUUGCAGUACCAAAUAGGCCUCCGAUAUACUGGUGGUGCUCGUAUGCUAUUAAUGCUAUCACUAAAAUUUGGUAUUAUCCCCAUUGUUGUGCCAGUUGGUGUUCGAGAUUUUGACAUUGAUGGGGAACUUUGGGUCAAAUUGCGAUUGAUACCAACGGAGCCUUAUGUGGGAGCUGCUUCAUGGGCUUUUGUUUCACUUCCAAAGAUCAAAUUUGAAUUGUCCCCAUUCCGCUUGUUCAAUUUAAUGGCAAUUCCUGUUCUCUCAAUGUUUUUGACCAAACUUCUCACGGAGGAUUUGCCUCGACUAUUUGUUCGUCCAAAGAAGAUUGUUUUAGAUUUCCAGAAGGGAAAAGCGGUUGGUCCUGUUGCUAAUGACUUCAAAUCAGGGGAAGCGCAAGAAGGAAACAAGGAUUUUUCUGGAGAACUAUCAGCGACUCUUGUAGACGCUCGGAAUCUGUCUUAUGUUUUCUUUGGCAAAACUGAUCCAUAUGUUAUUCUAAGCCUGGGAGAUCAGAGUAUACGCAGUAAAAAGAAUAGCCAAACCACAGUCAUUGGGCCACCUGGCAAGCCAAUAUGGAAUCAGGAUUUCCAUAUGCUCGUUGCGAACCCUAGAAAACAAAAACUAUUCAUCCAAGUAAAGGAUUCUCUAGGAUUCACUGAUUGGACUAUUGGAACAGCGGAGGUUGAUCUGGUAUCUCUCCAAGACACUGUACCAACAGACAGGAUUGUGGUCUUGCAAGGAGGUUGGGGACUGUUUAGAAAGGGCUCUUGUGGAGAGAUACUACUUCGACUGACAUAUAAAGCUUACGUAGAGGAUGAAGAAGAUGACAGGCCUAAGGAAGAUUUCAUUGAUGUGGAUGCUUCAGAUGAUGAAUUGUCUGAUUCUGACCAAUCAAAUGUUGAAUAUGAGAAGGGUCAAAGAGAUUCUUCAAAUGAAACGGAUGAAGAUUCAUUUAUGGAUGUUCUAGCUGCAUUGAUUGUGAGUGAAGAAUUUCGAGGGAUAGUGGCUUCUGAAACGGGAAAUACCAAACGUUUAGAUGAUGUCUCAGCUACAGGGUCCACAAUACCAAGAUCACGUGGUCUUAAGGGUGAAUCCAUCCCCUCGAAUUCCACUGAUGACCCUGAAGGUUCUAGAGGAUCAGCCUUAUUUUGGCUUGCUGUGAUUACUUCUAUAUUGGUUUUAAUUGCUAUCAACGUUGGCGGUUCAAGUUUCUUCAAUCCUUGAUAUGCAACAGUGCUAGCAAAGAACUUUUAGUGCUUCUUUCUAACAAGCUGUGCAAAAACUUCAAUUUCACACUUGCAAUGGAGUCACCAAUUGGUUCAUUUUCCACUGGCUUAUAUUACAUUUUUUAAAUUCAAGUUAGUGGCAGAGGAAUGUUCUGUUGGCGGCAUGAAAGUUUUGUCCUCUUUGUCUUGACCCACAAGUAGUAGUGUAUAUGACCUUGUACCUCUCUUCUUCUUCUGCUUCUUUUUUUUUUAAAAAAAAUUGGGUUUAUUCAAUAAGGGGAAAGGGGGUUGUACCUCUCUCUAUUCAUUAUUCAUGUGACAGGAUAAUACCAGUCUUUUUAUCCGAGCCAUAACAAAUAGGGCAUGGGGUGCACACAAAUAGAGCAACUUUUAUUUUUCUGGAAUUGGAGGGUAUUUAUUCUCCCCCAAAAAGGGGGCAAAAGGUUAUAAUUAUUUCUAGCAUUAGAAGGUUCUACUUGGGAGGUAGACCUCCAGCAAAUGGUUUCCACAAGAGAGAUUUUUAUGAAGUCAAGCUCGAUAUCUUGUCUAAAACAUUUAUUAGGGAUCAUGGUUGCACAUGUGAAUACAUCAUUUUUUUUUUUU